AUGGCAGUUGCAUUUGGGAGCAUUAAUGUGUUUGUGUCUGCUUGUGUCCCUCCGUCUCUCACCAGGCUGCUGAUCGUCUACCCCUGGACCCAGAGGUUCUUUGAUAACUUUGGGAACCUCUCCAGCCCCACUGCCAUCAUCGGCAACCCCAAGGUCCGUGCCCAUGGCAAGAAAGUGCUCACCUCCUUCGGGGAAGCCGUGAAGAACCUGGAAAACCUCAAGGCAACCUACUCCAAGCUGUCUGAGCUGCACUGUGAGAAGCUGCAUGUGGACCCCGAGAACUUCAGGCUCCUGGGAGACAUCCUCAUCAUUGUGCUGGCUGCGCAUUUCACCAAGGACUUCACCCCUACCUGCCAGGCCACUUGGCAGAAGCUGGUCGGCGUGGUGGCCCAUGCUCUGGCCCACAAGUACCAUUAGAACCUCCGGAGGCAGAUGUGUCUGUAACAGUCAAUAAAA